AAAAAAAAAAAAAAAAAUUCCAAACCCUUGAUAAUGUUUAACUACAUGCCCAUAGAAAAGUAGAAAACCCUCUAAACCCCUGCCCUGGUUAUCUUCCCUUUAACAAUGGCUCACACCAGACUUAAAAUUCCAAUUCUCUCAACUAUCACUACAACUGCUAUUAAAUUCUCCAAACCAUCAUUGCUUCAUGGUUAUCGUCGCCAUAUCUGCCACUGUUCAUCCCCCGUAUCUAUUUCUCAAAAUCAACAACGACAACCGCAAAUCAGGAGCCCUCAACUCGUCGCAUUGGAGUAUGCUGAUCUUAGCAUUCCGCAUAUUGUGUGUGAGGAGUUAGGUGCUACUAGGGUGAGGCAACAUGUUAAUCCUCUGAGCUCUAGUUUAUCAAUUCCUGUUGAAGUGCCAAAUUGGAAUGAUGUAUUUGAAGACCCAAAGUUGCCUCUAGUUGUUGAUGUAGGAAGUGGUAGUGGCAGAUUUCUCAUGUGGCUUGCUAAGAGAAAUCAUGGUUCCAAGAACUAUAUGGGGCUUGAGAUACGAAAAAAGUUGGUUACACGGGCUGAAAAAUGGGCGAAAGAGCUGUCUCUUAGUAAUAUACAUUUUGUGUUUGCAAAUGCCACAAUAUCCUUCAAGGAGCUCAUUUCCACAUAUCCUGGGCCUCUGAUGUUUGUUUCAAUAUUGUGUCCAGAUCCUCAUUUCAAGAAACGACACCACAAAAGAAGGAUUGUGCAGAAGCCUCUUGUGGAAGCAAUUACCGAUAGUUUAAUGCCUGGUGGACAGGUGUUUAUACAGUCGGAUGUGCUUGAAGUUGCAGUUGACAUGCGGAAUUAUUUUGAUGCUGAGUCAGCAAAGAAGUCUGCGUUUGAUCAUUUCAAGACAACACCUACACCCGCCAGAAGAUUAUCACGAUUGUUUUCGUGA